AGCAGUUCAGGCUGUGGUUCGCAGGAAGCAUACAUUGGCUUUUUGAUUCGUGCUAGUUCCCAGCUCACAGUUUGGGAGGAUCUAACACCAGCCUUUACGUGAAGGGGGAACCAAGGACAGUGAGGAGCUGGGUGGUCCCAGCCUUGGAGCCCUGCCAGCCUGACAUGGGAAUCUUCUCGACCCCCAGGGCCCCGCUGAUGUCGCCGGGAAAGUGGUGAUCCAGGCAGGACCAGGCUGCCCCCACGGGACAGAGAAAUGGAGGCAAACGACCAUUUUAACUUUACUGGCCUUCCCCCUGCACCUGCUGCCUCAGGACUGAAACCCUCUCCCUCCUCAGGGGAGGGCCUCUACACUAACGGGUCUCCCAUGAACUUCCCCCAGCAAGGGAAAAGUUUGAAUGGGGAUGUGAAUGUUAAUGGCUUAUCUACUGUAUCUCACACUACUACUUCAGGGAUUUUGAACUCUGCUCCCCACUCCUCCAGCACCUCACACCUCCAUCACCCCAACGUGGCCUACGACUGUCUCUGGAACUACUCACAGUACACAUCUGCCAAUCCUGGCAGCAACCUCAAGGACCCACCCCUUCUCUCCCAGUUCUCUGGGGGACAAUACCCACUCAACGGCAUCCUUGGGGGCAGCCGGCAACCUUCAUCCCCAAGUCACAACACUAACCUUCGGGCUGGGAGCCAGGAAUUCUGGGCCAACGGCACCCAGAGUCCCAUGGGGCUUAACUUCGACUCACAGGAACUGUAUGAUUCCUUUCCUGACCAGAAUUUUGAGGUGAUGCCCAAUGCACCCCCUAGUUUUUUCACCUCCCCACAGACUUCACCUAUGUUGGGAUCCAGUAUCCAAACCUUUGCACCCUCCCAGGAGGUAGGCAGUAGUAUCCAUCCUGAUGAGGCGGCAGAAAAGGAGCUGUCUUCAGUUGUGGCAGAGAAUGGCACUGGCUUGGUAGGCAGCCUGGAGCUGGAGGAAGAGCAGCCAGAACUGAAGAUGUGUGGCUACAAUGGCUCCGUCCCUUCUGUGGAAUCAUUACACCAGGAGGUCUCAGUCUUGGUCCCUGACCCCACAGUGAGCUGCUUAGAUGAUCCUUCACAUCUUCCUGAUCAACUGGAAGACACUCCAAUCCUCAGUGAAGUCUCUCUGGAGCCCUUCAACACUCUGGCACCAGAGCCAGUGAGUGGAGGACUCUAUGGUAUAGAUGACACGGAGCUGAUGGGUGCAGAGGACAAGCUGCCUCUUGAGGACAGCCCUGUGAUUUCUGCCCUUGACUGCCCUUCCCUCAAUAACGCCACUGCCUUCAGUCUCCUGGCAGAUGACAGUCAAACUUCAGCCUCUAUUUUUGCCAGCCCCGCUUCUCCACCUGUCCUUGGGGAAUCUGUCCUGCAGGAUAACAGCUUUGACCUGAAUAAUGGUAGUGAUGCAGAACAGGAAGAAAUGGAGACUCAGGCUUCAGACUUCCCACCACAUCUGGCCCAACCAGUCCCUGACCAGUCAUCCACUAUUCAGCUACAUCCAGCAACCGCACCAGCAGUCUCGCCAACAGCCUCCCCAGCAAUCUCCUUGGCAGUUUCUCCAGCAGCCUCCCCUGAAAUCUCUCCAGAGGUCUCCCCAGCAGUUUCUCCAGCAGCCUCUCCAGAACUCUCCCCAGCCGUCUCCCCAGCAGCCUUCCCUACAGUCUCUCCAACUUCCUCGGCAGCCCUCCCACCAGUAUCCUCGGAAGUCUCCUUGACAGCCUCCCCGGUGACCUCCCCAAAAGUGUCCCCUGCAGCUUCCCCAGCAGCUGUCUUCCCAGUAGCCUCCCCAGGAAAUAAGGAUGUCAGCAGCUUCCCUGAAACCACUGCUGACCUGGAAGAGAUCACCGGUGAAGGAGUCACUGCUUCUGGCAGUGGUGAUGUCCUGAGGAGACGUAUUGCUACCCCUGAAGAAGUUCGUCUUCCCCUCCAACAUGGGUGGCGGAGAGAGGUGCGCAUCAAGAAGGGCAGCCACCGCUGGCAGGGAGAGACCUGGUAUUACGGCCCCUGUGGGAAGAGGAUGAAACAGUUCCCGGAAGUGAUCAAGUACCUGAGCCGCAACGUGGUACACAAUGUCCGCCGUGAGCACUUCAGCUUCAGUCCCCGUAUGCCUGUUGGAGAUUUCUUUGAAGAGAGAGACACAGCAGAGGGCUUGCAGUGGGUACAGCUCUCAGCAGAGGAGAUCCCAUCCAGGAUUCAGGCAAUUACUGGGAAACGGGGCCGACCUCGAAACACUGAGAAGGCCAAGACCAAGGAAGUCCCCAAGGUGAAACGGGGCCGAGGUCGGCCACCCAAGGUCAAAAUCACUGAGCUGUUGAAUAAGACAGACAACCGCCUCCUAAAGAAAUUGGAGGCCCAAGAAACGCUGAAUGAGGAGGAUAAAGCAAAGAUGAGUAAAAUCAAGAAGAAGGUGAAGCAGAAGGUACAGCGGGGAGAGUGUCAGACUGCUGGCCAAGGGCAGGCCAGAAACAAGCGGAAACAAGAGACCAAGAGCUUAAAGCAGAAGGAAGCUAAGAAGAAAUCCAAGGCUGAGAAGGAGAAGGUAAAGGCAAAGCAGGAAAAACUGAAAGAAAAAGUCAAGAGGGAGAAGAAGGAGAAGGUAGAAAUGAAGGAAAAGGAGGAGGUGACCAAAGCCAAGGCAGCCUGUAAAGCAGAUAAAACCCUGACCUCGCAGAGGCGCUUGGAGGAGCGGCAGAGACAGCAGAUGAUCUUGGAAGAGAUGAAGAAGCCCACAGAGGAUAUGUGUCUGACUGACCACCAGCCCCUGCCCGACUUCUCACGCAUCCCUGGUCUCAUCCUGCCUAGUGGGGCCUUCUCAGACUGCUUGACCAUUGUGGAGUUUCUGCACAGCUUUGGCAAGGUGCUGGGCUUUGACCCUGCCAAAGAUGUACCUAGCUUGGGGGUCCUGCAGGAGGGACUUCUGUGUCAAGGCGACAGCUUGGGCGAGGUGCAAGAUCUGCUUGUGCGGCUCCUGAAGGCUGCCCUCUACGAUCCUGGCUUGCCCUCCUACUGUCAGUCCUUAAAGAUCUUGGGGGAGAAGGUAUCUGAGAUCCCACUGACAAGAGACAACGUGUCUGAGAUCCUGCGCUGCUUCCUCAUGGCAUAUGGAGUGGAGCCAGCCCUCUGUGACAGCCUGCGCACCCAGCCUUUUCAGGCCCAGCCACCCCAACAGAAGGCUGCUGUCCUGGCCUUCCUGGUGCAUGAGCUCAACGGCUCCACCCUCAUCAUCAAUGAGAUUGACAAGACUCUGGAGAGUAUGUCCAGCUACAGGAAAAACAAGUGGAUUGUUGAAGGCCGGCUCCGGAGACUGAAAACUGCUCUGGCCAAGCGAACUGGGCGGCCUGAGGUAGAGAUGCAAGGGCCAGAGGAAGGCCUGGGGCGGAGGCGCAGUUCUCGGAUCAUGGAGGAGACCAGUGGCAUGGAAGAGGAGGAAGAGGAGGAGAUUACAGCAGUUGUCCAUGGCCGUAGGGGUCGAAGAGAUGGAGAGGUUGAUGCCACAGCAUCUAGCAUCCCAGAGCUAGAGCGCCAGAUAGAAAAACUCAGCAAGCGUCAGCUUUUCUUUCGCAAAAAGCUGCUUCACUCAUCCCAGAUGCUUCGGGCAGUCUCCUUGGGUCAGGACCGCUACAGACGCCGCUACUGGGUGUUGCCCUAUUUGGCUGGUAUCUUUGUGGAAGGAACAGAGGGGAGCUUAGUUCCUGAGGAUGUGAUAAAGCAGGAAACUGACUCCUUGAAAGUAGCAGGCCAUACAGCACCCAGCCCAGCUCCCUUCUCUCUGAAGAGGGAAUUAGCUGUCUCCAGCACCUCCACCAGUUCUCCUGCCCGGGCCCGAGGCCGACCUCGAAAAACUAAGCCUGGGUCUAUGCAUCCUAGGCACCUUAAAUCCCCUUUUAGGGGUCAGGAGUCAGAACAGCCCCAAGCCCAGCUUCAGCCUGAGACUCAGCCCCAUCCUCAGCUUCAGGCUCAUGCCCAGCCUCAGCCCCAGCCCCAGCCCCAGCUUCAGUCCCAUCCUCAGUCCCAUAAUGGGUUCCUGGAGCCAGAAGGUUCCCCUUUGUCUCUGGGUCAGAGCCAGCAUGACCUCAGCCAGUCAGCCUUCCUGUCUUGGCUAAGCCAGACUCAGAGCCAUGGCUCCCUGUUGAGCAGCUCAGUCCUCACGCCUGAUAGCAGCCCCGGAAAACUGGACCCGACCCCAUCACAGCCCCUAGAGGAGCCAGAGCCUGAUGAGGCGGAAUCCAGCCCUGAUUCUCAAGCUCCCUGGUUUAACUUCUCAGCUCAGAUACCCUGCAACGCUGCCCCUACGCCACCCCCUGCAGUUUCUGAGGACCAGCCUACUCCCUCCCUCCAGCUACCUGCCUCCUCCAAGCCAGCGAACAGACCCAGUGCUGCCAACCCCUGUUCUCCAGUGCAGCUCUCUUCCACCCCUUUGCCUGGGGUGGCCCCUAAGAGGCGAGCAGGAGACCCUGGAGAAACACCACAAAGUCCCGCAGGGCUGCGACAGCCAAAACGGAGAGGGAGACCCCCCAGUAAGUUCUUCAAACAGAUGGAGCAGCGUUACCUAACCCAGCUGACAGCCCAGCCUGUCCCUGCUGAGAUGUGCUCAGGCUGGUGGUGGAUCCAAGAUCCUGAGACAUUGGAUGCCACACUCAAGGCCCUGCACCCCCGAGGCAUCCGGGAGAAGGCACUUCACAAACACCUAAACAAGCACAGGGACUUCUUACAGGAAGUCUGCCUUCGGCCCUCAACUGACCCCAUUUUUGAGCCCAGUCAGCUACCUCCCUUUCAAGAAGGGAUUUUAAGCUGGUCUCCCAAAGAGAAGACAUAUGAGACAGACCUGGCUGUGCUUCAGUGGGUAGAGGAGCUGGAACAGCGGGUUAUCCUGUCUGAUCUGCAGAUUCGGGGCUGGACAUGUCCUAGCCCAGACUCUACUCGUGAAGACUUGGCCUACUGUGAGCAUCUGCCCGACUCCCAGGAGGACAUCACCUGGAGAGGUCGAGGCAGGGAAGGUCUGGCACCCGUGCGUAAAACUACCAACCCUCUGGACCUGGCUGUGAUGCGACUGGCUGCCCUGGAGCAGAAUGUGGAGCGACGGUAUCUACGGGAGCCCCUCUGGCCAGCUCACGAGGUUGUGCUGGAGAAGGCCCUGCUCAGCUCCCCCAGUAGUGCCCCCCAGUGCGCCACUACAGAGAUAUCAUAUGAGAUCACCCCUCGCAUUCGGGCCUGGCGCCAGACACUCGAGCGGUGCCGCAGUGCAGCCCAGGUGUGUUUGUGCCUGGGCCAGCUGGAGAGGUCCAUUGCCUGGGAGAAGUCUGUCAACAAAGUGACCUGUCUAGUCUGCCGGAAGGGUGACAACGAUGAGUUUCUUCUGCUUUGUGAUGGAUGUGACCGUGGCUGCCACAUUUACUGCCAUCGGCCCAAGAUGGAGGCUGUCCCAGAAGGAGACUGGUUCUGUGCUGUCUGUUUGGCCCAGCAGGUAGAGGGAGAAUUCACUCAGAAGCCUCGUUUCCCAAAACGAGGCCAGAAGCGGAAAAGUAGUUAUGUGCUGAACUUCCCAGAGGGUGAUGGCCGCCGACGCCGGGUACUGUCAAGGGGCCGAGAAAGCCCAGCAGUGCCUCGGUACUCCGAAGAAGGGCUGUCCCCCUCGAAGCGGCGGCGACUCUCCAUGCGGAACCACCACAGUGAUCUCACAUUUUGCGAGAUUAUCUUGAUGGAGAUGGAGUCCCAUGAUGCAGCCUGGCCCUUCCUGGAGCCUGUGAACCCACGUUUGGUGAGUGGGUACCGGCGCAUCAUCAAAAACCCUAUGGAUUUUUCCACCAUGAGGGAGCGGCUGCUCCGGGGAGGGUACACCAGCUCAGAGGAGUUUGCGGCUGACGCACUCCUGGUCUUUGACAACUGCCAGACCUUCAACGAGGAUGACUCUGAAGUGGGCAAGGCUGGGCACAUCAUGCGCCGCUUCUUCGAGAGCCGCUGGGAGGAGUUUUAUCAGGGAAAACAGGCCAAUCUAUGAGACAUGGGAGGUGGGGAGUCACCUUGUGGCAUCUCCUUCUGCCCUCCAAACAAAAAGCCCUGCCGUUCUCACCUGCUGAUGCUGCCCUGGGCCCAGACUCAAGUCAGAUAUAACCCUGAUUUCUGACCCUACCCAUGGCAGCACUUCUAUCCUCUUACCCCGACACCCCUUUCUCCCUUCCUCCUCUCGCUCCUCAAAUAAGAGGGGCAGAGAUGAGGUCCUUCUGGACUGAAAGCCAAAAAAAGAAAGAAAAAAAUAA